AUGGACACAGCAGAGCCAGAUGGCUCUAUGCAGGCCUGCCUGAGGAUUCAAGCCACCACCCAAUUCACUGUUCAGCAGGCAGAUUUACCCAAACCCUCCAUCACAAGCAACAACCCCCACCCCGUGGAGGAUGAGGACUCUGUGGCAUUAACAUGUGAACCUGAGACUCAGGACACAACCUACCUGUGGUGGAUAAAUGGUCAGAGGCUCCACAUCACUCCCAGCCUGGAUCUGUCCCUGGACAACAGGACCCUCACUUUACUCAGUGUCACAAGGAAUGACACAGGACCCUAUCAGUGUGAAACCAAGAAUCCAGUGAGCACCGGCUGCAGUGACCCAGUCACCCAGAAUAUGUCCUAUGGACAAGACACCCUCUCUAUUUCCCUCUCAGACUCAUCUUACCAUACAAACCUCAGCCUCUUCUGCUACGCGGCCUCUAACCCACCCGCACAGUAUUUGUGGCUUAUCAAUGGGAGGCCCCAGCUAUCCACACAAGAGCUCAUUAUCCCCAACAUCACUGUGAAUGAUAGUGGAUCCUAUACCUGCCUUGCCUGUAACUCUGCCACAGGCCUCAACAGGACCACAGUCAAGACGAUCACAUGCCAGCAGGGAUUCCACUGGAAGAGGGAGUGCCGAUCCAAGUAUGACAAGCAUGCAACCCUUUAA